AUGGGUGAAUGUUAUGAAUACAGACUAUUGCCUCAUGGGUCUUUUGGAUUUCUAAAGGAUUUUUGGAGAAGGCAUAAGAGGAAGAUUCUUGUUUCUGCUGGUGUUGUAGGAACCGGUUAUUGCUUGUACAAAGUGUAUAAUACAUACAAAAAGCAGCUCGCUGAUCUGGAGAGACAUCUUGCUGCUGAGCUAGAGAAGGAUGAACUCGUUAAGGCCCAGAUGCAAGCUCACUUCGAGAACAUACAGAGGAUAGCUGAUACUGCAACACUGCCCCAUUCUAUUAGUUAUUUGAAUAGUCGGAUAGCAGAAGAGUUGGACCAUUCGUUUAUCACGGAGGCCUUACAAAAAGGGAAAGGUCAGACUACUGCUCUGACAACGGCAGAGAAACUUGAGCUAUGGGACAAGCUAAAAAUCAUAAGUUUCACAAGGAUGGUGACAUCACUGUGGGCAGUGACAUUACUUUGCUUGUAUAUUAGAGUUCAAGUCAAUAUUCUUGGAAGACAUUUAUAUAUUGACAUAGCACGUGGUCUGGAGAACUCUUUUAUGUCGGAGGAUUCUGAUCUCAUAGACAGAGAUGACCAGCAAAAUUUUUUAGCUGCCUCCGAUUAUCUCCCUCAUUCUGGCUUGCUUGUUUUGGCUAAUGAUAUCCAAACAGCAGUGACAGAGGUUUUAAAGGGGAAACAAUUGAAGGACUCCUUUGACACAACAGCACUUCGUGAAACUGUCAUGCAGAUAACUGACAAAUUCAUAAGCACGGGGAGUCCCUGCAGAUGGGUAGAUUACUUAAUGCCUGAGGACAGUAGGUUGCACAAACAGGCAAUGAUGGUCUCUAGCGGCGGGGACAUGUUUCCCACUGAUCUUACAAAGUUUGACCAUCUUAUGAUGGAGACACGAGAAGUAAUACUGAGCCCGGAGUUUGGCAAGGUCGUGGAGGUAUCUCUGAAAGAACUGAUUGAUGCACUGGUGGAAGACUUGGAAACGCAGACCACCGAGGGUACUUUAACAUCAGGGCUGCCGCUGGUGAAACUCCUGCCUCGAGUCGCCCAGGUGGGUUCAUCGCUGCUCAAGGAGCCAAGCGAGAAUCGUUAUAUCCAGAUAAUCCAGAAAUCCCCAGAGGUUGAGCUUUUCUUCACUCUCUUGUAUGCCAAUACACCGCCGCAGCCCUAG